AUGUCCUCGCAAGCCGACUCUAAACAGGAUCCUACCACCACCCCCGAAUGCUCCGUUGUAUCCAAGUCUUUGUGCCACGAAGCAUCGCAAAACGAAGCCCGGAUUGCCACAGCAGUGCACACAAUCCUCGAUUGUCUCGGAGAGGAUCCAAACCGAGAUGGCCUUUUAAAGACACCCAACCGUUUUGCGAAGGCAAUGCUAUUCUUCACACAAGGCUACCAUCUCAACUUAGUGGAUGUGAUCAAUGAAGCCGUCUUCGAGGUGGAUCAUAACGAGCUAGUCCUUGUCAAGGGCAUUGAAGUCUCCAGUUUGUGCGAGCAUCAUCUCGUGCCAUUUGUGGGAAAGAUCCACAUUGGCUACAUCCCUCGUGGUCGUGUUAUCGGCCUGUCUAAGCUUGCUCGAAUUGCUGAGAUAUAUGCUCGGCGUCUACAAGUUCAAGAACGACUCACCCAACAGGUGGCACAGGCCAUCGAUGAGGUCCUCAAGCCUGAAGGUGUCGCAGUUGUUGCGGAGUUUACUCAUAUGUGUAUGGCUAUGAGAGGUGUGCAAAAGCCAGGUGCAGUUACGGUCACUCACUGUAAGACUGGGGUUUUCAAGGAUAACUGGAGGCUCGAUGACCGCUUUCAUUCUUUGUUGAAUAUGGGAUCGCGGUGA